AUGUUGACAGACCCGCACCUCGCCAUGUCAUUCGUUUUGUCGGCAAGACACUCAUGCUUCAACAGCCAGCCUGCCAGAGUGGGCCGACCGGCAAUGUCACCCAAGAGCCCGCUUGACCUGCGUGACCUGUGCACGGUUUUGAGUGUGGCUGCCACAGUGGCCAUUGCCAUUGCAUUGCCAGGGAUAUUCAUUGCACGACGCUCCCGGAAUCCAAAGGAUGCACGACACGCCCUUGAUCCAAAGGAGCACCAGAUCCGGCAGGCAGUCCAAAAGUUCAUGCAGCCACAGGAGUACCCCCACGGGCCCCUGGUCGAACGGCCUGUCGAGAAGGUCAUCAGGGACCGGAUCAAGAAGUGGAGUUACGGCCCGACGUUGCUAAGCGGACCCUAUGGCAGCGGCAAGACGUGGGCACGGCAGCAUGCUCUUAAUGGUGUCCGCAGCGUGUUUGUGUUCAAUGGAUUGGUUAGGGGUGAGAAUUGGCUCGAAGAAUUCUACAGAGAGCUCGGUGUCGAUGGGUACUGGAUCCUUCACACCACGCUCCGUCGUGUGCGUGACGAGCUUCUGAAGCAUCCAGACAACCUGACGAAGGUGCCUGUCAUUGUUGUCGAGAUCCCUCGCCUUCCUGGGACUGCUGCAGGUGUCACACGCUUUGUGGCCGGCAAGGCGGAUGAGCUGUCCAGGAAGUUGCAGCUCGCUCACGUUCUCGUAGUCGCAACCGACGAGGAGGCCUGCGCCAGACUGGCGUUCCGCCAGUCUUAUGUCAGCUGGAGGCACAUCGUCGUUGAGGAUCUGACAGAGGAGGAGGCGGUGUCGAUGCUGCAGCUGAAUGGGCAUCAGGAUGCCGCACAAUCCGUCAUUGAUACUUGUGGCCGGAAUGUCCUUGAUCUCAGCGCAGCCUGCAGGUGGCUGGCCGAAGGCUUACCUCUGGUGACGGUCCAGGAGAAACUCGAAUGGUGUGCAACUCACCGAUUAUGGUGCCUACUGUCCUGCUACGUGGAGAGACUCGAUGCACGCAUUCCUGUGGGGCGGAUUCUUCUCCGGAAGCUGCUAGAAAACAAAGAAAUAGGUGAUGGCACAGGCAUCAGCGACAGCGCUAUGUACAGCGACAUGUCUCAGGGAUUCUGGCCGGAUGAGGCGAUGGCCUGCAUCAAUGAGGCAGGGGCGUAUGCUGUCGUCUGGCAUCCAGUCGAUAGAAAAUACCGCUUUUCUUCAGACUUCUACUGGCACCUUGCGGCAAGUCUCUGCUCGACGAGAGAUGAGUUCGCCCGAGCAAUGCGUGAAACAGGCUAG